GGUUGUAACUUUUCAGGAGGGAGUAAGAUGAGUUUUAAAAACGAAUCGUUACUCAGAUGAUGCUCAUUUCUUUUCCCUUCCUAGGUUUUUGAAACAUGACUCCUUCAGUCUUUUUGGCUGCCCUUUGCUUGGGUAUAGCCUCAGCUGCUCCAAAACUUGAUCAAACGUUAGAUGUGCAAUGGAACCAGUGGAAGUCAACGUACAAGAAAGUGUAUGCUGCGAAUGAAGAAGGUUUGACGAGAGCAGUGUGGGAGAAGAAUAUGAAGAUGAUUGAACGGCACAAUCAGGAACACAGCCAAGGGAAACAUGGCUUCACCAUGGCCAUGAAUGCCUUUGGUGACAAGACCAAUGAAGAAUUCAGGCAGCUGAUGAACGGCUUUCAAAGCCAGAAACACAAGAAGGGGAAGCUGUUCCAUUUCCAUGAACCUGUCUUUGGUCAUAUCCCCACAUCUGUGAAUUGGACUCAGAGAGGCUAUGUGACUCCUGUGAAGGAUCAGGGUUCGUGUCAUUCUUGUUGGGCUUUUAGUGCAACUGGUGCCCUGGAAGGACAGAUGUUCCGGAAAACUGGCAAACUUGUUUCACUCAGUGAGCAGAACCUGGUGGACUGCUCUCGGCCUGAAGGCAAUAAUGGCUGCAGUGGUGGCCUGAUGGAUAAGGCUUUCCAGUAUGUUAAAAACAACGGAGGCCUUGAUUCAGAGGAGUCCUAUCCAUAUACUGCAAAGGAAUCACGAAACUGUCUCUACAAGCCUGAGUUUUCGGCUGCCAACAACACUGGCUUCGUGAACAUUCCUCCACAGGAGAAGGCACUCAUGAAUGCGGUGGCAUCCGUGGGUCCUAUCUCUGUUGCUGUUGAUGCAAGCCUGAAAUCCUUCCGGUUCUACAAAUCUGGCAUUUAUUUCGAUCCCGCAUGCCGCCUCGCUGUGAACCAUGGUGUUCUGGUGGUUGGCUAUGGCUUUGAAGGAACAGACCCAGAUAAAAAUAAAUAUUGGCUUGUCAAGAACAGCUGGGGUAAAAGUUGGGGCGCAGAUGGGUACAUAAAGAUAGCCAAAGACCGGAACAACCACUGUGGCAUCGCCAGGGCAGCCAGCUACCCCACGGUGUGACCUGAUGGGCCUGGAUGAUGAAGAAUCCAGGAUGGCCUUUCCGAAUAAUGGAUUUUCGUCUUAAAACUGACCAGCCCUUAUUGUCUGGGAUAAAACACUUGAAUCCUUGAGGAUCCAAUCUGUGAUUUCAAUUCUGUGACAUUUCUACAGUUUGUAAAAUAUUCCCACUACUGUAAUUACUGCUGUAAACAGUUUUAUAAUUGACUAUUGACUUUUACUGCUAAGGCUGUGAAUUGUCAUUUUUUAAGUGUAUAUAAAACUCUGCCUUUUUAAAUAAAACUUAAA